UCAAGAGAGAAAAAACAAGGUCAGAUCAGUGGGGCGCCUUUUCUUAGGUUUACCCCUCUGAUUCUUGUUCAGACUCUGCUCGUUUCUUCCUCGGAUUCAAUUCAUUCCAUCAUUACCUUCUUCCAAUUCGUUUUUGUAUGAUUGAAAUCUCCAUUUGAGGAGCUGCCAUUCGAUUUCGAUUUCGAUUCCAAACCCCCUUUUUUUCUGGGAAGGAAAUGGGACGAUAGAGAAAAGAAGGGGUUAAAAAUGUCGAUUCCGGUGGAUUGGUCGGAUCUGCCGCCGGAGUUGCUUGAAAUGAUCGCGAAGAAACUAAAUAUUCACAAGGAUUACGUUCGAUUUAGAGCUGUUUGUUUAGCAUGGCGGAACGCCGCUCCAAAAAUCCCUAGACACCUUCCAUGUCAACUCCCAUGGCUAAUGCUCCCUCGAAGAACAAAUCAGGAUCCACAAUCGAAUCAUCGGAGUUUCAUAAGCCUUUCUGACGAUAAGAUUCAUCUUCUUAACCUACCUGAAGAUUCCGACAGCCAUCGCCGGUGUGGAUCUUCUCAUGGAUGGCUUGUGAUUCUCGAAGAAACCCCUUCGAUUUCCAUUUUAAACCCAUUAACCCAAUCUAAACACCAACUUCCACCAUUAUCAUCUUUCCCAAAUGUCACAAAGUUUGAUCCUUGUGAAAUUGGGAGAGAAUACACCCUCAAGACUUCCGAUGGCGAUGUUUAUACAUGUAAUUCGAAAGAAAUGCGCGAUUCUUUCAUCAAGAAGGUCAUCUUUUCUUCGAGUCCUUCGAAUGAGGAUCUCGAUUACUAUGCCGUAGCGAUCCUAAAUCAAACCGGUGAUCUUGCAUACUGCAAGAAAGGUGAUCAAUGUUGGAAAUUCAUCGACGAUGCGAAUUCCUUCUGUGAAGAUGUGAUCUUUCACAAGGGAUAUUUCUCUGCUGUGAGCAAAUACGGAACCAUCGCAGUUUGCGACGUUAAUGGCUCAUCGCCUGUCGUUUCCUUCAUCGAAACCCCACGACAGAUCGGUGGCGAUAUGCAGUAUUUGGUGCCAUGGAAGGACGAACUGUUGCUGGUGACUCGAUACAUGGAGGUGGAAUUCAACAUGGAUCAAAACAAGCUUGAUAUCUUGUAUAAAACUACAGAAUUUCGAGUUUAUAAGCUGGUUUCCAAUGGACCCAAAUGGGAAAGCAUGAGUGAGUUGGAUGGGUGGGCAUUGUUCGUGGGCGAAAACUGUUCGAUUUCGUUUCGUGCUUAUGAGUAUCCUGGUUGUAAAGGAAACUGCAUAUACUUCACAGAUGAUUACUCAGAAUGGAACUACAAUGGUGCCAAUGGGAGUCAUGAUUUGGGUAUUUAUGAUUUGGAGAAUGGAUGUGUAGAGCCUUUGCCAUGUUAUCCCGAAAAGUUCUACAAUGGUCGUCGAUGGCCUCCUCCGAUUUGGAUUACUCCAAGUCUAUAUUAAUCAUGAGUAGGUGGUUCAACGAGUGUCGAUUAUGAGAAAAAUGUUUGAUUGCUUUUCCUGGGAUAAAAGCCGGGGAUCUUAUAAGUAAUGACAACGUAUAAUAGAACCAUACGUUAAGUUGCACUUUGGAAGUCGACGACAUUCAUUUGGAGUGAAACGCUCCUCGACUUUGUUUGUUAUUUGUACGAUAUAUAAAAUUACG